CGGCGUCCAUGAUGCCUGCCCCCUUCUCCGCCCCGCACGUCCCCGUGCCUCUCCCCGCUCUUUAUCUCUACCCGCUGAACGACUCGUUUGUACCGAAGCACAUCUCCCUCGUCAACAGCCAACGCGUGAAGAUCGGUCGCCAAACCAACGCCAAGACCGUCCCCGCAGAGCGCAAUGGCUACUUCGACUCGAAGGUUCUGAGCAGGCAGCACGCAGAGGUGUGGGAGGAGAAUGGGAAGAUCUUUAUAAAGGACGUGAAAAGCUCGAACGGCACGUUCAUCAAUGGCGAACGGCUGAGCCCAGAAGGGCUUGAGUCCGAGCCGUACGAGCUCAAGACGGACGAUAUUGUUGAAUUCGGUAUCGACAUCGUCGGCGAGGACAACAAAACGAUCGUCCACCACAAGGUCGCGGCACGCGUCGUAUGCGUCUUCACAGAGCUCGACGCGCAGGCCGCGCAACGCGCUGAGGCGCAGGCGCAACAGCAGGGCGCGCAGGGCUAUAUCAAUGCCAUGCCCAAUCAACCCGGAGCGGGCAACAGCGCGUUCAACUUUGUUGGGAAUGGUCAAGGGAGUUCGAACGGCGCCCCGGGUCCGCAGAGGCGACCGACGCUGCAACAGGGCUUACAAGGGAUGGGCGGUAUGGGUGGGAACGUCCGCGUUCCCGGGAAGAGCGGGCUCACUUUCGACCACAUUUUGAGCCGAUUGCAGGGCGAGCUGCAGAAGAGCAGAGAGACGGGUGCAGAGUUACACUCGUUGAGCAAUGGACUCGUGGAGAUCCACGAUACCCUGGGUGGGAACCUCCCGUCGAAUCUCCAACCAUAUCCGGCGACGUUGCCGCAUGUGAUGCCAGCGCAGGCCGCUCGUGCCCAGGAGGAGGCGGCACAGCAACAGCAGCAGCAGCAGCAACGGGCGCAAUCAGAGUCGUCUACAGCUGUGGUUGAGCUCCAGGCGCAGCUCCAGGAGACUCAGCGUUCCCUUGCUGACCAUGUAGAUAAGGUCCGCACCCUCGAAGGCAUCCUUGCUGAGCAUGAGGCGAUCAAGCAGGAGGUUACCUCGCUUCGGGCCGCGAUGGAGGAGAGGAAGCGAGAGAUGGAGCUGAUCCGCGUCACCAGCGCCCGCCGCUCACACGAGCAACACGACGAUGACAACGAUUUCACGUCUGAUGAUGACGAUGCGAGGAGCGUCUCGACAGUCGUACCUCACGAGCUCGAACGGGUCGACGAGGAGGAUGAGGAGCAGAUCGCCGCCGAGGAAGAAGAGGAGCACCGGAGACGACGAGAGGAGCUCGGCCGUCCGCGCACGCCGGAGCCGACGAGCAUGGGGAUGUCUGAGGACGACGACGAGCACGAGCAGAGGCGGUUCCGCAAGAGGGCGACUCCCGACCGACGUCCUCGAUCUCCUUCACCACCUCCCCCCGCGCCCGCCGCCGUUCCUGAUGAGCUUACCGACCGCCUCAACACCCUCGCUAAGCAGCUGGAACUGGCGCUUGAGCUCUCGCGCACCCUCGAGGCCCAGCAAGCCAGUGCUCAGUCAACGAUCUCCGUCCUUGAGGCCAAGGUUUCAUCGCUUGAGAACCUCGUCCAGGUGACGCAGUCACAGGUACAGUCACAGGCAGAGGUCACAGAACAGCUUCAGGCAUCCGAGGCCGCCCGGGCCGCCGCACCGCAGGAUCCGUCUGUUUCCGCCGCUGCAGUCGAGGAGGCGAGGAAACAGGAGCGCGAAUCGCUUACGGCGAUGUUCUCUGAGUGGAAGAAGGGCGUGGAGGGGAGGUGGAGUAGCGUGCAGGAGGACUGGUCGGAGGAGCGUGAGCGGCUGCGGCGGGCGAAGGAGGAGUGGGAGAGCCGCAUGCGCUCGGCGGAGGAGACCGUCUCGAAUGCGGUACAGAAAGUUGAUACGGGGCUCCUCUCCCUGGCGUCCUUUCAGGCCCAACACCAGCACAGUCUUACUAACGGCAGUGCGAAACCGCACACGAGUGGAGGACUCGUCACCCCUCCGAGUCCCCGGAGCCUAUCCGCUGAGUCGACACGGCCACGACAGCGACGAAAACGCGUGAGCACGUCAAGAGGGCGCACUCGGUCUCGGUCUAUCUCGCCUCCCAUUACGGACGACAUGACUGCCGUCCACGAUGCGGAUGGCAGCGAAGCUUCGUUCUCUGGUCCCCGGCGUCGGUCCCCCUGGUCUGUGGAUGACUCGAGCGAUUCGGAAGGUCACCAGCCGAGCGAUCGUGAACGAGCGGAUGCAGUUAGCGGUCGUGAGCAGAAGAUGCCAUUCCCAAUCACUCCUGAAUCGUCCGUUGUGAACCAGCCGAUCUCGACGAAACCAAGUGUAAUAGUGGCAGCAGGUGCUGGCGCAACAACAACAGAUGCACGUGCACAUCAGCCACCUAAGGCGCCCGUGCCAUAUCAUCAUAUCUCGCAGGUGUUUGGUAUCGCGGUGUUGGCGGUAGCCGCUGCAGCAGUGUUUUGGCGUGUGAAGCCAGAAGUAUCGACAUAGAGAUAGGAUCUGUAGCAGCAAGCAAAAAUGCAUGCAGGUGAAGGAUCUUUCGUCCACCCAAUCCCGACGUGUCCCCGCGCCCCCGACCAUAUCUUCUGACCCCUCGAUAUCCCGGAAUUCGUCGUCUCCUUCGCCUCCGCCCUUUGUACUCCGCAUGCCUCCCUCACCUGGAUAGUUAAUACCUUUGUCAUGAUCUCUUGCCCUCUGUCGCCGUUGUCCUUUCGUGCCCACUACCGCCUGUCUGCGUGUGCAUUCCGCAGCAGUCACCGACCCUCCUUCCGUCUCCCUUCCUCACUCUGUCCCGCGCUCCUCCUCCUACCUCGCAUCCGCAUACAUAUGUACAUAGGCGUCUCUCUCCUCUCAUCUCUUCGUCUCGUCAUCCAUGUCUCCUCUACUUGCGUCGGUUGGUAUUUAACGAACCCUAAUGACUACUUCUAUC